GGGGCCCCCCUCCGCUGCUUGUCCCUCAGCAGCAGCAGCAGCAGCAGCAGCAGCAGCAGCAGAAAAGUGGGGCCCCUGAAGCAAAAGUGGAUCUAUCGAGGGGCGCAGGUGCAGCAGCUGCUGCGCGCAGCCGCCCUGAUGCAGCAGCAACGCAGCAAAGCCGAAGAAGCAGCUAUACAGCUGACCAGCUGCUGCAGUGUGCUGCCCCUGCUGCUCUUGCUGCUCCUGCUGCUGCUCCUCCUGUUUUUGCUGCUGGUCCUCAUGGGGGAAGUGCCGGUACUUCAGCUGCUGCGGCAUUUCGCCGCAACUCGACAGCAACGGAGCGCAGUUGCGCUCUACAAAGCAGCAACAGCAGCAGCAGCAGCAGCACUAGCAGCAGCAGCAGCAGCAGCAGCAGCAGCGAGUUCCCCAACAGCCCCUCUGACGGCACUGCAGACGGCCUCCCAGAAAGUCCAGCAGCAAUUGGGGGCCGCAUUCUCCGAAGGUUGCAGACUUUGAAUUCCAUCUUGACUCGCCAGCACUCUUUUGAAGGAGAUCUUUCUCUCGGGGGGCCCCCAUCGAGGGCCCCCUCUGCUGUUGGAGGCCCUACUCUAGCCUCUAGGGGCCCCCCUGGGGGCCCCCUUAGGGGACCCCUGUCUGCGCACAGCAGCAGCAGCUGCCUGAGGGCCCCCGAGCGCGCCUCUUCCCUAGAUCCAAGGGCCCCGCGUUCACUGGGGGCCCCUGAGGGACCCCCGGAGGGCACUCAUAUUGAAGUGGGGGGCCCCUCUAGGGGGCCGCUGCCCCCAAUGCUGCCUCUUGGGGCCCCUGCUGCUGCGGCGGGGGGCCCCGCACUGAGCAGCAGCCCGAGGGGCCUCUCCCUUGUGGCUGCAGGAGUCCCGCGGCUGACGCUGGCUGCUCUGAACUCCGUGGGGGGCCCCCUGGGGGCCCCCUCAGGCCCCGGGGGGGAGUCCCCUGGGGGGCCCCCAGGGUCCACUUUGCUGCCCCGCAGAGCUCUUAGCAGCUCUUUGCAAGCUCCUCGGUGGCCCCGAAAUCCACAGCCAGUAAAUUCCUUCACAGAAAAGCCCCUAAUGGAGCCUCAGGGGGUUCGAGAUCGAGAAAGAAAGGGAAAAGAAAAAGAAAGAUUUUUCAAAAAAGAUCGAAAUUUGGACAAGUCCGCUGCAGCAGCUGGCGGGGAGCAGCAAAAGGGGAAAGAAGCAAAAGAAAGGCCCCGAAGAGGCUCUGUAAACUGCAGCACGCAAACUGAAAUCUGCGAAUACCCAAAAGUCGAGCCAAAAGGGGUUCUUGGGGGCCCCCUUGGAGUCCCGCAGCCAGGGGGGGGCCCCCUUGAGGCUUCCCAGGCUGCAGCUGCUGCUGCCAGCAGCACAACCAUCAGCUGCAGCAGCAGCAGCAGCAGCAGCAGCAGUGCGCUCUGCAGCAGCAACGUGGCCAAAGAGGGCCGAAAAGGGGGAAGUGAAAACCUAGCAAAAUACUUUGACAGUGGGGUCACCCCGCAGGAAAGCAGCCGCCAGGGGCCCCUGGGGGCCCCUGUUGAGCUCUUUGGGGGCCCCCUGGAGGCAGCAAAUGAGCAGCUUUCUUCGGAUUUCUUAGCAGACGAGGCCCUAUCCCCUCUGCGAGCCUCUCAGGCAAAUCCUGCGAACUCCACGGGGGCCUUCAGCUCCCUUUUAAGCGGGUUUUUUGGCUCCCUAGGCGACCCGGGGGCCCCUCCAGAGGCCUCCUUGGGGGACUUGGGGGCCCCCAGGGGCCCCCUCUCUACGGAGCUGGAGCUCUCUGGAGCUCUUCUGUCCUCUGAGGCUUCUUUAGCCAGCAGCUUCAGCAGCAGCAGCAGCAGCAGCAGCAGCAGCGCUGUUGAUGGGGCUCAAGGUAGCUCUAGGGGCCCAGCUUGUGGGUCUCCUUCAAAAUCUAUAUGCACCCCGCGAAACCUGCAGCGUCUGAACGUCCAAUGGGCACUCUGGAGCACCCACUAUGAGCCCGGGGUCCCCCCCGGGGGCCCCCUGGGGGGACCCCUCGGGGUGCCCCCUGGGGGGCCCCCAGUGAUGCCUGCGGGGUCUUCAUCUGCGGGGCAGUUGGGCGUGGAGGCCCUGACACCAGCUGCUGCAGCUGUGUGGGGCCCUGCAGCAAAAUGCUGCAGCCGCCUCUGUGGCUUUCCUUCCAUAG